CCUAAAAUCUUCGUCCCACCUCUCUCUCUCACACUCCACAGUCCACACUUUCUGUCUUUCUUUCCUUUUAAUUCCUUCCAUUUCCUUUCGUUCCUCGAUUCUCUUCCUCUCUCUCUCUCUCAUGUCUUUUUCUUCUUUUCCUCUCCCUCUUAAUCCUCCCGUUUCCCUCCACCAUCCCAAACUCCACGCUUUUUCUCCACUCCCAUUCUCCAAGUCCUCCUUCUCACUUUCUUUCUCCAUAUCUCACGUCUGCUUUUCUUCCUCUUUCCCCUCCCCUUCUUCUUCUUCUUCCGACAGCGAAGACUCACUAUGGCUCCGUGAGGAACAACGCUGGCUUCGCGAGGAGCAGCGAUGGCUCCGGGAAGAGCAGCGGUGGCUUCGCGAGCGUGAGUCACUCCUUAGCGAGAUUCAAUCCUUAAAGCUUCAAAUUCAAGCACUGGAGAAACGAAUUUCACUUCAGGAAGGGGACUUAGUACCAGAGACAAUGGCGAAUGUUAGGGCCUUCUUGCAGGUUUUGACAGAGAACAAUCGGAUUGCAGAUACUGCGUCGAGCCCGAGCGCCAUUGUGUUUAAGGAGAAGGUGGAGGAUGUGAAGGAAGUGAUCAGUGUUGAAGAGAAAGUGGAGAUAAAGCUGAAUACGUUGAGGAAAGGAAGUGAAGGAGAGGAGGUGCGAGAGAUGCAGGAAGCAUUACUAAAAUUAGGAUUUUACUCAGGCGAGGAAGACAUGGAAUAUUCCAGCUUUUCAAGUGGUACUGAGCGUGCAGUGAAGACUUGGCAGGCAACAUUAGGUGCCCCAGAAGAUGGGAUAAUGACUGCGGAACUUCUGGAGAGGUUAUAUAUGGAGCAACAGAUUAAGGUUGCUGGGUCAAACAUCAGCAUAGAUGAGAAAGGGAGCACUUUAACUGUUUCACAGAAGAAAGGUCCCAAUGGAGCUGCAGUUGUUUCUGUAACAGAAAUAUCAGAAACACAGCAGAAAGUUGUGAAAGAAGAAGGUGCAACAGAAGUUGAGGUAUCUCAACAGCGAGUAUUUCUUCUAGGGGAGAAUCGGUGGGAGGAACCCUCUAGACUUGUUGGCAAAGACAAAAAAGUUGGAGUAAUCAAAACCAAGGAUGCCCUUACAAAGUGCCUUUCUUGUCGUGGGGAGGGCCGUCUAUUAUGCACAGAAUGUGAUGGGACAGGCGAACCAAAUAUUGAACCCCAGUUCUUGGAAUGGGUGGAUGAGGGAGCAAAGUGUCCAUACUGUGAAGGCCUUGGAUACACAAUUUGUGAUGUGUGUGAAGGGAAAACAGUGACAUAGGUAUGAUGGUAUUUAUUCAUACUUAAAUGUGUAGCGUCUCUCCAUCAUACGGAAAGAGGGUUGACAUAUGAUACAUGUAAUACACAUCCUGAAGAUGAGUAGUUCAAGAAACCUUCAUUAUUCAUUCA